AUGCCGCAACCGUCGCAACCCGCCUCCUCCUGCUCGAACAAUCACCCCCCUGACCGCACGUCGACGAAACAUCAAACCCUGCGCCCCCCACCACGGCAACCCGAAACCACGCACUACCGCCUAAAAGCCUCGAAUUUCCACUCUGAAGUCUCUACAACCGCCAAACCCAUCGUCAGACUAACCCUCCCGGCAAUCGACCUGUCGACCCGUCCUGCACCGAACCCUGAACUAACGAAGUUCAGCCCCAAGAAAUCGACCGCCUCACCAUCGGCGUCAACCUCCAAACCUAUCAAACCACCAACAGAGUUACCGAACACUAAGGUGACGCCCCGCACCGCAAGAAACACGGCGCCCAUCCCUGUCACCCCAUUAUCAGGCAAGGGCAAAGAGAAAGCAGAUGAGUAUUCCGACCUCGACGAGGAAGACGAGGCUGAAGACGAUUCGACCGGCCUACCAUGGCAUUGGCAUGAAUCGCCGAGCUAUCUAACUAUCAAUGCCGGCAAGAUUUGA